AUGCGCACAUCACCCGGAGGUGUCGUUAUCUGCCCCGGGGGAAAAGGAAGUUGCUUGCUUGGGUGUAUUAAUGGGGGUUCGGCAGUAUUACCGGGGUCGACUGCUGGUGGUCAGCGCCUCGUUACUGUUGCUGGCAACUCUGUAUAAGAUUGGGCUCGGAUCUCAGGUGUUAAACCAUUUGUCUUCCUAUGCCUCCUGGAAGACAGAGAAGCAGCUCUACAAGCUUGAUGUUGCCUGGCCUAAAUUUCCUGAACAAUUCACUGGUCAAACAUUUUGUGUUGCUGUUGACCACAUCCAUGGAUUAGUUUAUGUAGGACAGAGAGGCAAUGAUGUGCCAAAGGUCUUAGUGUUUUCUGAAGAUGGCUAUUUCCUGCAAGCAUGGAAUACCACCCUUGAAAUGCCUCAUGGUAUCUUUGCAAUAAACACCCCCAAUGCAAGUUCAGUGUGGAUCACAGAUGUUGGGACUGGCAAGAAUGGACACACAGUUCAACAGUACAGUCCUUCAGGUAGACUCCUUCAAGUCAUAGGCACUCCCGGUAAAGCAGGUUCAGGUACAAAUCCCAUACAGUUUGAUCAGCCCGCAGAAAUCUUUGUGGAAGAAAAUGGAGACCUCUAUAUUGUGGAUGGUGAUGGAGGGAUGAACAAUCGCCUGCUCAAACUGACACCAGACCUACAGGUGAUAUGGCUACGUGGGGAAAAUGGUUCUGGCAUUACACAGUUCAGGAUUCCACAUAGUGUAACAGUGGACUCUGUUGGACGGGUUUGGGUUGCUGACAGAGGCAAUCAAAGACUCCAGGUUUUUGACAAAACUACAGGGGAAUGGUUGGGAUCUUGGAGUUGCUGCUUCACAGAAGACAGCCCUUAUUCUGUCAGAUUUACUGCUGAUAAGAAAUAUAUAAUCAUAGCCCAUCUAAACACGGAUAGAGUGUCAAUCGUGGCUGCCCCACCAGUUGGAUCAAUUAGAGAUUGUAUUGUGGUGGGCACGAUUCAGCUUGCAGAAGAAGUCAAGCCCCAUCUUGUGGAUGUCAGCAUGAAAACUGGAGCCAUUUAUGUGGCAGAAAUUGGAGCCCAGCAAGUGCAGAAAUAUGUUCCUUUAGACUAACAACUUUCACAUUGCACAAGUAACUAUGGGAUUUUCCUCCUAACAGAUUGCUAUGAAUGAUUUGCACAAAAGUGACCAAUUACAUGGGAACCCUUGGAUAAGGUUUGUUCACUUGAAUUGCACACUGAUUUUAAUCUUCUGUGCCUAUCUCAUGGACUUGAUUGUUGGCAGUUUUUAUUUCACUGGGUUCGAUAUCAGUGUUGCAUGCUUUUAAUCAUUUAAGGAUACAAGGUUUAGUUCAGGACAGGCUACUUCUUCAGGUGACUAGAAAUUUUUGUCAUUUUGUAGCCUAUACCCAGCUAAAUAACCAUAUUGAUUUCACUCCUGUCAGUAUGAAUGGGGGCAAAAAAACCCAGACUAGACUAGUGUGUACAUAAACAGGAACAAUUUGCACUGCAAAACUGUGUCUUUUAAUGUCUUGUGGAAUGUCUGCUCCCGAGUGUGAGUCCUGCCAAGGAAGGCCUUCUCGGUGGCAGCCACGCUGCUCUGCAGUUAUCUUCUGCAAAAGGUAUAAACUGCUUCAUCCUUGCUGUCUUUUCAAAAACAGGUUUAAAACUUACUGUUUCAGGAAGCUUUCAGUUUCUGAACUCCUGCCUUUGUUCCAUGCUGCUCCAGUUUAUCUCUUUUGAUGGUUUAUUUUGUUUUAAUAUUAUGUCAUAACAUUUUUACAUUUUUUGUACACUACUGUGAUAAUUUAUAUGAACAGAAGUCUAAAAAAAUAAAUACUGAGAACUGUUCUGCCA